GAAUUGCGAUUAAUGCCAUUAUCAAGAGCCCUGCAUCUAGCCUGGCAAAACGUGUUGAAGUGGUCGACAAAAUACAGUAAUCAGUGAUCCGCUGGUUGACAUGAGCACCCACACGCGUUAAACCAACAAAAGGCUCCGAAGUGAGCGCUGCCCUCUUCCGGGGCCCGCUCAAGUCCAACCAGGAGAGGACCACUGCGAAUUUGGUCCGCCGCGGGCUUCACGCGGUUCACUUUUUAAUUCGCUUCAUCAGACACAACAGCUCUACUAAAAAACAUGGGUGUUGCCUCGACCGUCACGCAGGAGCACGUGGACACUGUGAAAAAGUAUGUCGCGCUGCGUCUCGAAAAGCGCACUAAGGAGACUCUGCAACUUGUGAGCGAUGGCAUCCAGUUCUACAGCCAACGUGACGGUUGCUACCAGGGCAAAGAGCAAUUCCAACAGUACCUGGAGAAGACUAAGUGGGAGCCGCCGGCCAUCGAGGACGGCGACGAUGAGCACGUGAUCGUUCGUGGUGUAGUCAAGAUCUUUUACAUCCCCAUCUCGGUCAAGUCGACCUUCUCCUUCAGCAGCGAGGGCCUCAUCUGCAAUAUUCACACAAGCAAGGCGUAAACCAGGCUAACCCUCGACAACGUCGGUCUCC